CUAACGAAAGCUCCUGCAAAGCUGCACUGCUAAUACCCAGUUGACAAAUCAAUAGAAGCUUUUGCUUCAGUCUUAGUCAACGCAACAACAGGAUAACUGAAAGCAGCGUCUUAAAAGAAUACCAACUUAAACUUUAUUAUUAUUUACUACGUUUUAUUAAGUAUAUAUUUAUAUAAUAAUAAAUAUAUAAAGUGCUUGUUAACGAACUGUGCUAAGCAACUGCUGAAAACCCUCAAGCCGAACUCAGCAACUUUUUCACUAAGUGCAACGCCAUGCGUGGACUAGUCGAGGAGACAAAGAAGUCAAAGCUUGGCACCACCAACACCACUACCAACAACAACAACAACAACAACAACAAUAACAACAGCAGCAGCAGCAGCAUGGGUAGUCGUGGCAAGGCUGCGCUUACCAGCGCCAGCUCAUCGCGACCCUCGAAGGGUGGUGGGAUUAAAACGCCCACAACAACAACAGCAGCAGCCGCCGGUGUUGCAGGCAAAAAAUUGCCACAAGUCGGCGCAAAGUCCAAGGCAGCUGCAACAGCAACCACCAGCAGUAGCAGCACAGCGGGUAGCUCCAGCGCCAAGCCAGGCAUGGCAAAAGCAGUUAAAGCUUCGAAUCCAACCCCACAUGCGUCGCAUGCAGCAGCAGUGGCUGUUGCAGCCGCAGCCGCAACCGCACCUGCACCUGCAACACCCCAACAAGCGCCGAUGCAGCCGUACAACAACAACAGCAGCAGCAGCAGCAACAACAGCAACAGCAGCACCCUAAUUACCUUGCCAAAGGCAUCGCAUGCGAAUACUAGUGAGGAGCUGGCCGGAGGCGUCCAGGACACCAUAUAUCUUUGCAAUUUUCGCGUGUCUGUGGAUGGGGAAUGGCUGUGCCUCAAGGAGCUGCAGGACAUCGAUGUGGCCAACGGACAGAAGACAGUUGGUGGUGGCGCAGCUCUGCUAAAUACUGCAGCAUCAGCUGCUGGCGUUGGCGGUGGCGGUGGUAAUGGUGGUGUCACUGGAGUUGGUGGUGCGGGUCAUGUGCAACAUCGCACGCAAUCGCAGCAGCAGCAUCAUCAAUUCGGGCAGCGUAACAGCAAACGCUUUUCGGGCCUAUCGACGGGCAGCGCGGGAGGAUUCGAGGAUAACGGUAUUAUGGCAAUUGAAAAUCUAAUCGGUCGUCGUCUGUGCGACGUUGUCGGCUCAAAUGCACUUGCAACCGCACCGCAACAGCACCACAAAAAUGUGGGCCUCAUCGGUGGCACGUUAGCUGAGUGGUCGCAUCUCUCACGCGACACGGCCGAGAUUGAGCGCAGCAAUUUGGUCAACAUCUGCAAGCUGGUGGUGAAGGAGCUGCUGGAGCAAUCUUUGCGCUAUGGCCGCAUGCUCGACUCGGACCAUUUGCCGCUGCAGCAUUUCUUCAUUGUCAUCGAGCAUGUGCUGGGCCAUGGCCUGCGACCCAAGAAGGGUCUGUUGGGGCCGCGCAAAGAGCUGUGGGAUCUGCUGCAAAGCGUCGAAAACUAUUGCCCCGAGGCGCAAGAUAUUACGGCCAGUGUUCGGGACUUGCCCACGGUGCGCACACACAUAGGACGGGCAAGGGCCUGGCUGCGCAUUGCCCUGAUGCAAAAGAAGCUAUCCGAUUACCUGCAGGCGCUGAUCGAGCAUCGCGAGGACUCACUGUUCGAAUACUACGAGCCGCACGCUCUGAUGAUGAGCGACGAGAUUGUUGUCAUAAUGGGCAUCUUGGUGGGCCUGAACGUCAUCGAUUGCAAUCUAUGCGUCAAGGAGGAGGAUCUCGACUCGCAACAGGGCGUCAUUGACUUUUCGCUAUAUCUACGCUCCAGCUCUCGCAAUGCUGAGGUUAAUGAGGAUUCGAAUGCGCCAGUCGCUCAACUAGAUGACGCCGGACAGGGCAAUAUGAUUGCCGUGCUGGACCAGAAGAACUAUAUCGAGGAGCUCAAUCGGCAUUUGAACGCCACUGUGGGCAACCUGCAGGCCAAGGUCGAGUCCCUGACCACCACCAAUGCCCUGAUGAAGGAGGAUCUGGCCAUAGCGCGCAACAGUUUGCUCGCCCUGCAGGCCGAGAAUCAAGCCAUGCGUCAGUCGGCCAGCCAGCAGGCAGCUCUAAAUCAGUCGGACAACAGCUCCACAGGCAGCGGCAGCGAUAAGGACAAGGACAAAGAAAAGGACAAAGUAGAUGGCCUCAGCACGCAGCUGGCGGAGGAGCGCAAGCGCUGUACCGAGCUGGAAAAAGAGCUCAAUCUGCAGAUCUCGCUCAAGGCGGAGUCCGAUAUGGCCAUGAAGUUGCUGGAGAAGGACAUUCACGAGAAGCAGGACACGAUUGUCUCGCUGCGUCGUCAGCUGGACGACAUUAAGCAAAUCAAUCUGGAGAUGUAUCGCAAGCUGCAGGAAUGUGAAGAUGAACUCACACAGAAGGGCGAGAUGGUCUCUCGUUUGCAAACGAAAGCCUCACAAAUUGGUAACAUUUUACAAUCGCUAGAAAAGAAAUACGAGUCCAAGCUCGUCGACCAGCAGCAGGUGAGCGCCAGCUGUGGCGGCGAUCGAUCGCCCAACACGCGUCGCCAGCAGAAUCUCCAGAAGUUCGAGGCACUCACCAAGAAGCACAAACAGGACACCGGGCCGCCCCUGAAGCGACUGCACCUCAAGAUGGACGGCAUACCGCCCUUCAAUCCCAACAAUUAUCGCAAGUCGCCGGCGGGUUCAGCCUCGCUGCAAUCGCAAGCGGAUCAGGCAACAGCCAAGACGCCAACCUCUGCCAAAUCCCUGAACGAUGAGCUAGCCGAGGCGGCGGCUGCAGUCACUCAACAUUUCAAGGGCGGGGGCGAUGGCUCACGCAGCGACUACGCCUUGUCCCGGGAACAGGAGGCAACAGGACAGGGAGACGACUAGACAAGCGACAAACUACAGUUUAUUUAAUUGUUAAGAAGGCAUUUACUUAAUAUACUCGUACUACAGUGAUCGCUCACUAAACCAAACAGUGCAAUUCGAUUCAGUUCGAGACAGGAUUUUAUUUUUUAAGAUUUUAACUGAGGAUGGCUCUUAUAUAUGAUUUAAGGAUUGAUAAUCCUCUCUGACUCUAAGCUGCAAUAUUAUGAAAAUAAGUUGUGAUGUAUAAUAUGUAAUUCAUAUACUCUGACUGAUUGAUUGACUAAUGAUCUCCGCUAUUUAUGUAUUUCUACAUUAUUUCUAUAUUUUAUUUAUUUAUUUUUAUGAUUAGUUUGACAGAUUGAUUGAGUGACUGACUAACGAUCAACACUUUUCUAUAUAUAUUUCUCUAUAUAUAAAAUCUUCAUUAGAUUAUAUAAAUGCUUUCAUUGAUAGACUGACAAUCCAAGUUUUAUAUAAGCUGGAAGAGUCAAAAGUCAUUUCAGCAAUUUACUUAAAGAUCUCUCAACUUAUAAUUCAAUUGCAAUUUAAUUACACAACUUUUUGUUUAGAUUUAGUCUCAUUGAUUGAUUGACUGAUUGUUAUCCUACGCUAAGACUCUUCUCUUAUGUCUGCUUUAGUAUGCUUUUAGUAUGUUCCAAUUAACGAGCGAUCACUGUAUUCAAUCUAUUGUAUGCUAGGACAACUAGAAACCAUUCAAGUACCAAAUGUUGAGCUCUACAAGUCCCAAAAAAUAUAUAAAUAUACAAAUAAGUAGAGCUGUUAACCUAACUGUAACUCAAAGUGCAACGGCUUAAUAUGUUUAUAUUUUAGAACGAAUAAAAAUGUAUGUUGCCUUUAGUACUAGUACUAUAUAUAUAAAUAUAUAUAGUAACAAAGUCAUAUGUUAUAGAUAUAUAUAAACCUAUAAUAUAUAGUGCUAACAAGUUGUUGAAGAUUCUGCAAAUUAUAAGCUAUUAGCUGAAUGCCCCAAGCCCCCUCUUAAGUAUUCCAAGUAUUCCCAAUUGCAUCGUGAUGUAUAGAGCUGAUUUAUUACAUAUAUUAUAUCAAAUAUAUUCAAACGAUAUGCAUAUAAAUACUCUCUAAAUGCUUUAAAUUUAAUUUAAAUAUACUGAAAAUCAAGUCAAUCUAGUCAAAUAACUAUGUAAUUAUAUAAAUAUGUAUGUAUGUAUCUAUACAUGUUAAUGGGACUAUAUAUACACACAUACAAAUCCACACAAACACACACGCUAAUACAUAUAUAUAUAUAUAUAUACAAAGAAAAUAAAACUUAUCCUAACUGGAGCCUUUCAUUUCGUACUAACCCAAAUAUAAUCGCAUUAUAUGACGAACGUCUUGGAAGAACUGGUACAAAAGAUUCUCGCCUUUUUUGUCUUUAUCAACAGGAUUGCAAUGCCUCGCUGACCCACAAAACGGAGCUAAUGAGCAAAC